AUGCCACGCCGCCGCAUGCCGCUGCGCCACCUGGUCGUGGUGGGCUCUUUCACCAUGAUGCUCACCGCCCUCUUUUACCUCGCGCACGACGGCACCCCCUACGCGUCCCGCAUCAUCGGAUGGCAGGCCCUCGACUCGAUCGUGCUCGAACACGAUCCCCUCGCCGCCCCUCAUUCGGUCCAGCACGAGGACCUCGGCGGCGGCGGCGGCGGCAAAGCGGCGGGCGCACAGGCAGUACCGGACGAGCUCAACCUGCCCUCGUUCCCGCUCGACACCUACGCACCCUUCCUGCCCAACCCGGCGCCCCUGACCGACAUCGCCGUCGAGUCCUGCCUCCCCUUUUCCGCCUGCCAGCCCCGCACCACGCCCGACGACGACGCCCGGCUGGGCAAGUGGGUGCGUGUCGACCGCUCCCUCGACCCCACGGCCGUCUUUGGCGCCGCGUCCGGCGGCAUCCUCGGCAACCUCUUUGGCUCCAUCGACCAGCGCUUCCUCUUCUACCGAAAGAGCCGCAGGAACGACGUCCCUCGCGUCGUAGAGGUGCGCCUCGUCGAGUCCGGCGUCGACGCCAACCCGACCGGUCCCGGAUGGCACAGGGUCAAGAACGACCUGCGCAGCAAGUACAUGCGCAUGUGGGCAAAGGAGCGCAACAUGCACCUCUACUUUCGCACCGCCGGCGGGGUUGACGGCGGCGCCGACGGUGCAGCAGCGCACGACGAAGAGGCCAUCACCGAGCUCGACCUCGUCUACGGCGACAACCCGGCAUGGCCCGGCUUCAGCCUGGCGGGCGUCAUCUCGGCCGCGCACCCUGCCAUGGGCGCAUCGCGCGUCUCGCUCUCGAUCCGCCGCACGCCGCGGCCGAGCACGGGCACGCUGCCGCCCACGUUCCGGCGCGACGGCACCUUCAAGGUCCUGCAGCUGGCCGACCUGCACUUUUCCGUCAACCCAGAGCCCUGCCGCGACGUGGAGCGGGUCGAGGCGUGCGUGGCCAAGAACGACACGCUGCGGCUCAUUGGGCAGUGGCUCGACGCCGAGAAGCCCGACCUGGUUGUGUUCAGCGGGGACCAGCUCAACGGCCAGGCGACGAGCUGGGACGAGCGCAGCGUCAUACCGCUCUUUGUCAACCCGCUCAUCGAGCGCAAGGUGCCGUGGGCCGCCAUCCUGGGCAACCACGACAGCGAGACGGGCGCCUACACGCGCACCGAGCAGAUGCGGCUGCUCCAGAGCCUUCCGUACAGCCUCAGCCGCGUCGGUCCGGCCGAGGUCACGGGCGACGGCAACUACUACAUCGACCUGUUCUCGCCGCACCGGGACCGGACGCUCCUCUCGACGCUGUGGUUCUUUGACUCGGGCUCGCGCGCGCCAAAGGACAAGUGGAAGCCGUGGAAGAAGCCGGGGUACGGCUGGGUGCACGCCGACCAGGUGCAGUGGUUCCGGCGCAAGAUUGACGCGCGCAGACCCACGCUGCGGCCCUACCGUCCCGAUGGCGCCGAGGAUCUGGGCCCGCAGCCGUGGCGUCGUCGUCGUUCGGCGGCGGAGGCGGUGGGACGGCGAGAAUCGGGCGCACGGGGGGAGUGGGAAGCGGAUGCGGAUCAGGGGCAGAUGCUCGCCGCGCCGCCCUCGAUCCUGUUUAUGCACAUCCCCGUCCCCGAAGCAUUCGCCCCAGUCGACGUGGAGGAUGCUCCUCCUUCGUCUUCAACUUCAUCUUCGUCUUCGUCUUUGGGGCAACGACUACCGCUAAUCAAGGGGGUGCGCGAGGAGAUAACGACCUUUGAAGGCGGCCAGUCGCAGGGCGGGAUAUUCGAGGCGAUCCUCGAUAUCCACGCGAACCAAUCUUCCUCGACGCUGGAACGAGGGUCGGAACGAGGACGAGGACAAGGACAAGGGAGGCAAGGGGGAAGUAUCCGUCUACUCUGCCACGGACACAUGCACGUCAACGAGGACUGUCGACGCAUCGACGGCGUCUGGAUCUGCUUUGCCGGCGGAUCCAGCUUUGCAGGGUACGGUCUGGCCGGAUUCCGACGGCGGUCGCGCGUCGUCGAACUCAGUCAGUGGGGCGACGUCGUACGCACCUGGCACCGUGUCGAGGGCACCCCGGAGAGGGUCGACGAGUUGCUCCUUUCCUAG